UAUUAAAGCAGCAUCUUCAAUUAAUUCAAAUAUUAAUAUUAGAAUAACAUCAUAUUCAUGAAAACGCUUCAAUAGCCAACGAUGAUUUUAUGGGUUAUUUGGCUUAGCGCCCUUGCAUGGUCCACGACCAAAUGCGAGCCCCCAGUGAACAGCUACCUCCCGCCAUCUUCCGGUGGUAAUGGUCGACCAUCUCCUGAGUAUGGGCCUCCCGGAGCAGGCAACGGUGGUGGUGGUGGUUCCCGAGGUCCCGGAGGUUUCGGAAAUCCGGGAAGCCGUCAAGGUUCUGGAAGAGCGGGAAGCCAAAAUCAACCUAGCGACUCUUACUCACCCCCAGGACAAUUUCAAUCGAAUAAUGUAGACACGCAAUAUGGGCCACCUUCAGCUCAGGGUCAGGGUCGCGGCGGGCCUGGCUCUCCUCAAGGAGGAUAUGGAGGUGGCCAACAAGGUGGUUUUGGAGGUAGCCCGCAAGGCGGCUUUGGAAAAAGCCCACAAGGUGGUUUUGGUGGCAGACCAUCUUCUCAAGGUGGUUUCGGAGGAUCAUCAAAUAAUUUAGAUACUCAGUAUGGACCACCAUCAGCACAAGGCCAAGGUCGUGGUGGACCUGGCUCUCCGCAGGGCGGAGGAGGUUCUCAGGGUGGGUUUGGCGGAUCGCCUCAGGGCGGAUUCGGUUCACGGCCACAACAAGGUCAGGGAGGCUUUAACACUCCCAGUGCUGAAUACGGUGCCCCGGGACAGAGACCCGGUUCAUUCGGCGGACAAAGAGGUCAAUCGCCACAACAAGGACAAGGAGGGUUCAGCACCCCCGGAGCUGAAUAUGGUGUUCCCGGACAGGGUUCUGAUUCGUUCGGGCAAACCGGAGGAUCACCUUCAGGUGCAGGAGGAAGGUCUGGGAGUGGGGGACGGCCACAAGCAAGCUACGGUGCUCCAAAUCAGGGAUCAGGUCAGUCACCUGGGGGUGGAAGGGCCGGAGGACGCGGCGGUCAAGGAGACCAAGGCCUCGGACAGCGGCCGGAGAGUUCGUACGGCCCGCCUGCCAGUGGUGGAUUCCAACAACCUAAUAACCAGUUCGGUGCCGGAGGCCAAUCGCCCAAUUCACAAAGAGCACCAGGUUCUUCGUACGACGCUCCGAGUGCUAACGGGCCGCAGGGUGGGUUCGGAGGGCAGCAGUCUGGCGCGCCCUCCUCGUCGUAUGGCGCGCCGGGCUUCGGCGCCGGUGGUGGCGCGGGCGGUGGUCGAGGUGGCUCUGGCAACCAAGGUUCUGACUUUGGCGAUGACGGAUCUGAUGAGCCAGCUAAAUACGAGUAUAACUAUGAAGUGGACGAUGCGCAGACAGGUACUAAAUUUGGUCAUUCAGAACAACGCGACGGCGACGUCGCCACCGGCGAGUAUAACGUAGUGCUGCCGGACGGCAGGAAGCAGGUGGUCGAGUACGAGGCCGGUCUACAGGGAUACAAGCCCAUGAUCCGAUACGAGGGUGAAGCAGCCGGCGGCGGCGGGGCCGGAUUUGGCGCGGGAGGAGGUUCCGGUGGUGGAGCCCAAGGCUAUCCUCGCGGAGGCCCGGGCGCCGGUGGCGGCGGGUUCUCAGGCGAGAACGAUAUUGGCUACCCGCAGGGCGGACCUGGCCAAGGAAACUCUGGGUUCGGACCACAAGGCGGCCAAGGUGGCUCCCAAGGUGGCUCCCAGGGCUAUGACGAUCAAACCCAGGGAGGCCAAGCGGGAUAUCCAAGAGGAGGACCUGGAGGCGGUAGAGGCCAACCUUCUGGAAAUCUUAGGGCACCUCAGAGACAACAGAAUGGCCAGGGGAAUUCUGGGUACCCAUCUGGUGGCCCCGGCGGGAACCGGUUGGAAGGCUUGAAUGGUGACAGUGGUUACCCUAGUGGUAGACCCCAGGGCGGUAGAGGUUUUCCCAGUGGUGGGCAAGGGGGUGACGAAGGGUACCCCAGCGGCGGCCCGAGUGGCAGAGGACAGGGAGGCUUUGGCUCCCCGGAUAGACUCACUGCUGAUAAUGGAUACCCACGAGGUGGCAACCAAGGGGGCAGGGAGCCAGAGGGCCGCGGCGGAGACGAAGGAUACCCCAGCGGUGGUCCUAGCGGCCCAAGAGGCUCUGGAUAUUAAGAUAUACAAAAACCCUUAUGUAAAUUACGCUUUCAUAAUGUCAAACGAGGCUAGAAUAUAAAAUGCAUUGUAAAUAAAUGAUUUAAUAAUAAAAUACAUUUUUAUAA